AUGAUCACUUCUCUGCUCAUGGCCACGCUCCUGAUGCUUGCCCUCUCUUUGUUUUCUUCAGCACCCAUUCCCUCUUUUGAGUUAUUUUCUAAAUGCCUAUUUUUCAAGCUCCACUUCCUCUACUUCCUUUUCCUCUUCGUUAAACGUAACUCCACUUUCCUUUUUCAUCUCUCUUUCUGUCUGUCUGUCUAUCUAUCUAUUGUUCAUGCAAACAAGUUCAUAAUCAUGGUAUUCUUUGAUAAACUUUUCAUAUUUCUUCUCUUCUUCGUCUCGGUUCUCCACCGCGACGCCGCCACGGCGGCGCCUUUCUUCUCCUUCUUCAACCGGAGCUCCGCCGCCAUCGAGAUGCCCACCCAUCUCAGUUUCAAUUCAGUGACGGCUUCUUCCGAUCCUGGUUGCGAUCUUCCCCUUGCUACGCCGGAGAAGAAGGACGACCACCGGAGCUCCGAUCUCGAAGACGAUGACGACGAGGAGGUAACCCCACAUCAGCCACCAAUCUCGUCUCAGCCUCUUAAGCUUCAUCUCAAGCACCGGUCAACGAGAAGCGAGACGAAGACGAAGAGAGAAGCCCUAAUCGAAUCCACCCACACCGACCAAUUCCGGAUCCAAACACUUCAUCGGAGAGUCACGGAGAAGAAGAUCGAGACUAAGAUCGGCGCCGGAACAGAGAAGAAAUCGGCGACGGUGGUGUCGCCGGAGCUUGCCGGAAGGCUAGUGGCGACGUUGGAGUCCGGGGUGACGCUGGGAUCGGGGGAGUACUUCAUGGAUGUGUUCAUCGGAACCCCGCCGCGCCAUUUCUCGUUGAUCCUGGACACCGGCAGCGAUCUCAACUGGAUCCAGUGCCUCCCCUGCCACGAUUGCUUCGAACAACACGGCCCCAUCUACGACCCCAGCGCCUCAUCGUCCUACCGGAACGUCACCUGCGGCGAUCCCCGUUGCAGCCUUGUCUCCGCGCCGGAACCUCACCGUCCUUGCACCUCCCCUGACCUCCCCUGCCCCUACUUCUACUGGUACGGCGAUCGCUCCAACACCACCGGCGACCUCGCUCUCGAAUCCUUCACCGUGAAUCUCACCACUCCGGCAUCCCAUCUCGUCGAGAACGUCAUCUUCGGCUGCGGCCACUGGAACCGAGGCUUAUUCCACGGCGCAGCCGGCCUUCUCGGCCUCGGCCGUGGUCCUCUGUCCUUCUCCUCCCAGCUCCGCUCCCUCUACGGCCACACCUUCUCCUACUGCCUCGUCGAUCGCAACAGCGAUCUCACCGUCAGCAGCAAGCUCAUCUUCGGUGAAGACCAAUCCCUCAUCGCACAUCCAGACCUCAACUUCACCUCCUUCGUCUCCGGCCGCGACAACCCCGCCGACACCUUCUACUACGUCCAAGUCAAAGCCAUAAUGGUCGGCGACGAGCUGCUCAACAUCCCCAAAGACGCAUGGGAACUCUCCAAAGACGGCAAUGGCGGCACAAUCAUAGAUUCAGGCACAACCCUAAGCUACUUCACGGAUCAAGCUUACAAAGCAAUCAAAGAAGCAUUCAUCCACAAGGUGAAACACUACGAUAUUAUCCAAGGUUUUCCGAUCUUGAAUCCAUGCUACAAUGUGAGCGGAGUUGAGGAGUUGAAUUUGCCGGAGUUCGGCAUUGUGUUCGUCGACGGGGCGGUUUGGAAUUUUCCGGUGGAGAACUACUUCAUAAGGUUAGAACCAGAAGGGAUAAUGUGCCUGGCAAUUCUAGGUACGCCUGCAUCUUCCCUUAACAUUAUUGGUAACUACCAGCAGCAAAAUUUUCACAUCAUGUACGAUACUGAGCGUUCCAGAUUGGGAUUUGCUCCCAUGAGAUGUGCUGAGGUAUGAUGAUGUUGAUUUUGUGUAGAGAUUUUGUGUGGGGUUUUCUUCCAACAACAAGUGUUGGAGAAGAUUCUUGACAAGAUAUACAUUCUCAUCCAUGAUCCAUCCCUGUUUUGGAUUUGUUAUUGUUUCAGGUUUUGUGUGUGUAUGUGUGUGUUUGUGUUUUUUAGCCACAUCAGGAUACUAUAUACUUGUACAACAAAAGGCAAAUUUUUUUUUCCCCUUUAUUUUAUUUUAUUUUAUUUUUAGAUAUGUUACAAAACUCAUGUAGCUAAGAAUUUCAGAUCAGUGUUUCAAUAUAUACACACA